AGUUUAUGUGUAUAUUUUAUGUCAUCACUAUGUUAAUAUUAUUGUUGGCUAUCUUAUAAGCUUCAACCGAGACCUACAAAUACGUUCUUGCGCUACCGAAGUGAUCUGCCUGGUGAUCUUCUGAGUUUGGCAUCAGGUGUUCUCGGGUAUAUCGCAGCAUGAUCUAUGUUUGAUUCCACGCAAGGAUAGAACUUGUUCUGAUGUUAGCUAGGGAAGAGAUGAAGCCUGUGGCCCAGGGUAAACAAAGCGUCCAUGCUAUGCUAAAAUGUCAGGUAGCCCCAUACUAGCUUUCAUCAAAGUCAUCAAAGCGAGCUGAUAAAGAGACUAGCAUUUGCAGGUUCCACCCCCAUUCUGUCGUCGCGGAAGGUUUUUUGCUUCUCGGUUGAUGGAAGUCGUUCAUAGGCGUGGUACAGUACAAACUGUGAAAUGAAUGGUUACGUGCAAUUGGAUGCUGCGCUUUAGAAGCCGGGGCCUAUGGAACAAAAGGCUUCAGACCAAUUUUACGUCUUCGUCUUUAAAACGAUCCGUUGAGUAUGAUAUUGUAGCAUAGCGUUUGGUAGAAAGAAACACGCAUAAUGUGGCUAACUGUAAAUAUCCAAUUGAUAUUCACAUCAUCUAUGAAAAUGCACGUUCAAGAUGUUCUUGGACUAGGCUACUGCAAUAGAGCCUCCGGCAUAUUACGUUCAGCCAUAUUGAAUAGAGAUGAAUUAUGUUUUUCAUCGUGUUUGUGGAACAGUACAGAUGUCCUUACAUUAAUCACGUUUGUUUCAUCUAAGGUGGCUUUGCCCAUCUGGUUGUAGUCCUUGUCUGUAUUGGCAGUCAUUACUUUUCCUUUACUAAGUUAUACCAUUAUCAUUUUACUAAUACCAGAAUGUAAACGUUAGCCUAUUUAUGAUGUCAAAUGUUAACUUAAGAAACUGCCCGUGCUACCUUGAGAAACAUAACAUACGCUAUGUCGAACACCUUUCUAUACCUCAGUGACAAACAAACCAAUUCACGUUGCUUUUGUCAAGGACGACGCUGUAUGACUUAAAUUAUAUGGCUAUGAUGCUUCCUCUGGCCUUCUUAUGUGAUUUAUCUAAUUUGACGAAAGUUUUCCGUUAUAAACUCUGAACGUUUUUUUCCACUCAAAGUCACAUUUCUCCGGGGAUUCUCACGCUAAGCCGGUUUGACAGCGACGGGGCACCAGGUGCUUCUUGAAACGUAAUCAGGAGGUCGGUAAUGAGCAGGCGUGUAAAACAGCUGGGACGCGGCUUUCCUCUCGUUUGGAGAACCUAAUCGACACCAGAGCGAUGAAGGCACGCGACUCGAGUAGCGCCAUACAAUGACUGUUCAAACACCACGAGAAUGACUUCAGUGUGUCUGUCCCUUGGGAUGCCCCCCUUCUCUCGCAUAUACAUUUCUGAACAUUAUUGGUGUUUUUUUGUAUGGACCACUAGUUUAUAUAAAUUAGUGUGUGUGUCACAUUGUAUACACAUUCAGUUAUAUCCAAAUGAAAUACAUGCAAUGUAAGGUAGUAGAGACUGUAAUAGGGAGGAAUGUGUGUGCUUCAGUUCUGUACAAAAGCUCCAAUUAAUUUGGUCAUGAUCUGCAUCACUAAAAUCUCUCUCAUCUUUUUCUUCAGUACAGUACAAUAACAGUACAGUUUCCAUGACCAUAUAGUAAGCAGCAUGUUAUUGUUGCAGCUGGUUGAGGUGGAGCUAGUUUGAACUACUACAGUUUUAUAUACAGAGACUCAAAAAGAUACAUCUGAGGGGUCAUGAUAUGAUUCAUGGAAGAGAAAAGAAGAAGAAAAAAAGUUCUGCUACACAAAUCUUUUUUCAGAAAAUGAGUUCAGAGGACAGCUGCUGAACCAGAGGUGGACAAGAGGGGACAGAGACAGCAGCUGUGAGACCAAAAGGACGAGGAGAGUCAAAAUGAGUCAGGAUGCAGACGAGAAGCGGACACGGACGCGCUCCAAGGGCAUCCGAGUACCCGUGGAUGUCGUGGGCCAAGAACUAAGUUGUCCUAUUUCGGGAUGUGAUGGCCUGGGUCACGUCAGUGGAAAAUAUGCACGGCACAGAAGUGUGUUGGGUUGCCCACUGGCAAAGAAAAGGAAACAAGAGGCAGAGGCAGAGGCAGAGGUAGACGAGAGUCAACCUGCCCCAAAGAAGAAGUCGAACCCCCUGAAGCUGGCCAUGGAUGACGGCUUCAACGCCGACAGUGACACGAGCAGCGAGGCGGAGACGAAGGAGGAAGGAGCCGAGUCAGACGAGGAGGCAGCCGCUGAGAAGGAGACGGCAGAGGAGCAGAAGACAGCAGGGCCACAGAAAGGUGAAAAUACACCAGCUAGUCCUAAAGAAAAAGAGCCAGCGACUGACGCCACCCCAUCCUCUGAUUCAGACAUCCCCAAAGAGCCAGAGGAGACCACACCCAUCCAGCCUGUUACUAUGGAGGCAGACAGUGAGGCGGCACUGCAGGUCGCAGAGGAGAUCCAAGCAGGAGAGGAGGAGGAGGAUGAGGAGAUGAGCGAACAGGACAGAAUGAGGCAGCAAUUAAAGAACGACCCGGGCCCAGAGCCAACGUCAGCUGAGGAAGAGGUAGAUGACAAUGAGGAAGAGGGUGAGGAGGAAGAGGAGAGGCAAUGCGCAGGUCAGGAGAACAACUCCGACCACCAGUACUACAGCGGGAACUAUCAAAGACUGCCCACCAAAGACGGCGAGAAGGAGGAAAGGGUAGAAGAGGAGGAGGAGGAGGAAGAGGAGGAGGAAGAGGAGGAACAGACAGUUGCAGAGCCUGUUGUGUCCGCUUCUUCAGCCCAGGAAGUGCAAUCAGAGGUGGUACCCCAGGAUGAGGUUAAACAAGACCUGAUGGAGGAAGAGGAGGAGGAAGAUGAUGAAGAGGAAGAUGAGGAGGAGGAAGACGGCGAAGAAGACGAAGAGCAAGAGCGAGGCUCCAACAAGGCCUCGCCCACCCUUGUCAUCGAGUUAGGCUCCGAGGAAGAGGACGAAGAGGAGGAAGAGGAAGAAGAGGAGGUAGAAGAGGAGGAGGAAGAGGAGGAAGUGGACAGCGUUUCGCACAGGUCGGAGAUCACGGACGAGUCAGAGACAUAUGACAUGACCAAAGGCAACCUGGGGCUUCUGGAGCAGGCCAUCGCCCUGAAGGCCGAGCAGGUGGAGAGGGCCGCGGAGGAGAGCUGCUCCUCAGAACCCUUGUCCUACCACAGCCAGGACGAGAGGUCCAGCAAGACUAGCGAAACCACACCACGCAGACCAUACUACGGCAAAGAAGGCUCCAGGUCUGAGAAGAAGGAAGUGAAGUGUCCUACUCCAGGCUGCGAUGGGACAGGUCAUGUGACUGGGCUGUACCCUCAUCAUCGCAGUCUCUCUGGAUGCCCCCACAAGGACAGGAUUCCUCCAGAGAUCCUGGCCAUGCAUGAAAAUGUUUUGAAGUGUCCAACCCCAGGCUGCAAUGGUCAGGGACAUGUCAAUAGCAACCGCAACACCCAUCGAAGCUUGUCAGGCUGCCCCAUCGCAGCACAGAGGAAACUCGACAAGGGCCAAGACAAGCAGGUCCACCCCCAGCCCUCUGUGAGUGAGCCGGCCAGUGCAGGAGGCCACUCAGACAGAGUGCUGAGGCCCAUGUGCUUUGUGAAGCAGCUGGAGAUCCCUCAGUACGGGACCUACAGGCCCAAUGUGGUGCCGGCUACCCCCCGCGCUAACCUGGCCAAGGAGCUGGAGAAGUACUCCAAGGUGUCCUUUGACUAUGCAAGCUUCGACGUGCAAGUGUUUGGCAAGCGAAUGCUUGCCCCAAAGAUACCCACCAGCGAAACCUCACCCAAAGCCUUCAAACCCAAACUGUUCCCUAAAGCCUCGUCCCCCAGCCACAGCCUAUCAGGAGGCUACGCCAAGAGCAGCUCGUCCUCCUCCUCCAGCGGCUACGACUACUCCCAUGACGCAGAGGCCGCACACAUGGCAGCCACCGCCAUCCUGAACCUGUCCACACGCUGUUGGGAGCGACCAGAGAACCUCAGCACCAAACAGGAGGACCAGGCCGGCAAGGAAGUGGACAUUGAGGUGGACGAGAACGGCACACUGGACCUGAGCAUGAAGAAGCCUAAGAGCGAAGGAGUGCAGUCCCCUGACCCCUCUUCUUCAUCCUCCACUUCCUCCCAGCAGCAGGGCGGAGUCACCUCGCCUAACUCCGCCCACACCUACAAGCAGGAGGAAUGGGAGGGGCCUCUUGACUACACCAAGCCCCCCCGCCAGAAGGAGGAAGAGCAGGACGAGCCGGAGCACAGCACGCAGUCGUACGCCUCCUCUGAAGGGGAGGAAGAUGACGGCACGCAGGAGAGCCUGGAAGACAGGAAGUACCCCGGAGAGGUCACCACCUCCAGCUACAAGGUCAAGUUCUCCCCGAAGGACAGCAAGAAGCAAGAUCUUCUACUAUGUCCCACACCAGGUUGUGAUGGCAGUGGUCACAUAACAGGGAACUAUGCAUCACACCGCAGUCUGUCUGGCUGCCCUCUUGCUGAUAAGUCUCUGCGGACCCUCAUGGCAGCUCACACUGCUGAACUCAAGUGUCCCACACCAGGCUGUGAUGGAUCUGGACACAUCACAGGGAACUACGCCUCUCACAGAAGUCUCUCUGGAUGCCCUCGUGCCAAAAAAGGUGGAGUGAAAACCACCCCCACAAAGGAUGAUAAGGAGGACUCGGAGCUCUUGAAUAAAAUCCUUUUCAGAUGCCCGGUGCCAGGCUGCGACAGCAUGGGCCACAUCAGCGGGAAGUACGCCACCCACCGCAGCGCUUACGGAUGCCCACUGGCUGCCAAGCGCCAGAAGGAGGGCAUGCUGAACGGCACCCCCUUUUCCUGGAAGGCCUUUAAGACCGAGGGCCCCACCUGUCCCACGCCGGGAUGUGAUGGGUCUGGCCACGCCAACGGCAGCUUUCUCACCCACCGCAGUUUAUCGGGCUGUCCCAGGGCAUCAGCCAAUAAGAAGAGGGGCAAGCUACCUGGAGAUGAGUACAUCAGCAAGAAAUUCAGAGCCAGCGAUGUUCUGGAUAAUGAUGAGGACAUAAAGCAGCUGAACAAAGAGAUUAAUGAACUUAGCGAAUCCAACUCAGAGAUGGAGAAUGACAUGGCAAGCCUGCACACACAGAUUUCGUCCAUGGAGAAGAACCUGAAGAGCAUGGAGGAAGAGAAUAAGCUGAUCGAGGAGAGGAACGAGGCUCUCUUUGUGGAGCUGUCCGGACUCAGUCAGGCCCUCAUCCGAAGCUUGGCCAACAUCCGGAUCCCACACAUGAAAGAGCCAAUGGCCGAAAAUAACUUUGACACCUACGUGGACACCCUUACGCACAUGUUUACCAACAAGGAGUGCUACCAGAACCCAGAGAACCGGGCCCUAUUAGAAUCCAUCAACCAGGCUGUGAAAGGCAUCGAGGUGUGAAGUGCAAGGCUGAAGGGGAGGCUAAUCAAUCGGGAGACUGAAGGUGAAAGAGCUACUGCAAGCACUGGAAGAUACAGAAGAAGGCAACAGAUUUACACUGUGCGGUGUUAUAAUCACGACAAAAGACAAACUGAUGCUUAUUUUCAAAUAAGGACCAAAAUUGAAUGAUGCUGCUGUCUCAAAAAAGUGUGAUUUUGGAGCCAAACAGACCCGCGCCCUCCUCCUCCUCCUCCUCCUCCUCCUCCUCCUACUCCUCCUCAUGGACUGACUCAGACCUGAACAAAUGAGGCUUAUUUUGGACUUCACUACCUGUUUGUCUUUGAGAACAACAAUCUACCCGGGCCUGCCUCGCUUUCUCUCCUCAACGCAUGCAGGCGGUCAGGAGCAACAAAUUGUGUGUGAGCCUGUGGAUAUUGGUGGGAGUGAAUGCAUCUGUGUGUGUGUGUUUCUGUGAGUGUGUGUGCAUGUGUUGCAAUCUAAGGACAUGCCGAAUUACCGCCCUUUUUAAAUUGCUAUAAAAACAGACUUAGAAUGCAGCACUGCAGAGCCCUAUGUGUCUUGUACAAUACAACUGUUGUCCCAUAGUUAGUGUAAAGGCAUUCCAGCCCCAUCUAGUAAUAUUUAUAGUAUUUAUGAGCAUAGACGUUGCACUUAUAUGAAUAGUUUGUAGUAUCAUUAUUAUUAUCAUGAAAUGAAUAUUUGGAUUGAUGAUCUGAGAUGUAAGUUAUAUUAUUUAUCAAUGUUUUGUGAUUGCUUUCCCUAUUUAUUCAUUAAUGUCUAUUUAUUAUGUUUAAUUUAUUAUUAUUUUUUUUACUGAACAAAAUGCUACACACACCGUUUUUAUCUGUCAAUGAGAAGAAAGAAAUUGUCCUUUGUCCUGACGUUUCAAAGGAGACAAUAUUUUAAAGUAUUAACAAUAAAUUGUUUUAUAUAUCUUCCUAUUUAUUUUAAAGAACGGGAUUUUUAAUCUCCUUUUUUAAGUGCAAAUAUUUUAUAACUAACAGCUUUUGAUAUUCUUUUUUAAAGUUUUUCUUUAUUUAAUCAGUUCUGUUUUCCAUAAAGUAUUUUCACACCCUCCACAAUGAUGUGGGAUGAAUAGAUAUUAUGUAUUUAUUAUUUAUUUAAUAUUUAAGAACAAAAAUGAAUGGAAAUCUUGUUGCAUAUUUAUUUUGUAAAUGUUGUGUGCUAGUGAUUGCUACAUAUGAAUAGUCUUUGCCCAUCUGUUGAUAUUGAAAUAAAAGGGAAUUCUAUUGCCUA